UCUCGCUAGACCAAACGUGUCGUGUCGUUUUCCCCUUCAACUGAAAAUAUAUAAAGUGAACAAGUUUCUUUUGAACUUUUUGGUGAAGAUCUUCAUAUUAUAGUAAUAUAUUCAUCUAUAUCGGCAGAACAUAAACAGCGUGCAUCUAUUAUUUUUGUGCAAUCCGCCAUAGAAACUGAUAUUACAUGAAACAAUGAGAGUGACUUAACAAUAAGCUUAUCAACAUUUGAUUGCAUUGGAUUUAGUAGCUUGUGUGUUUACUGCAGUGUGAAUAUAUUUGAUUUUUGGAAGAACAGACACGCCAAUUAACCACGUUCUGAUUGGUUCACAGGUGGUUUAUAUCACGUUCCAAUUGUUUUACAACUGACAAGCCAACAAGAUUAUCGGUACGCGGCAAGCUUUUUAUCGGAUCACAGAACGAAUUACAGAUAACAGCAGGUGCUUAUCAGGUAAUCGGCAGUAGCAAGCAGUCCUACGGCGAAGAUGUCACGGGAGACAGUGUCGUUUGGCCAAUCAGGACCGACGCCCGUGUGUGUGGAUGAAGGGGCGCUGUCCUCCCGCACUGGCUGUUACGUCAUCACACUCACCUUCCCCCAACCCACUCAGAUAGGAGAGAUUACAUUCAGAAACUACUACACAUGGGCUGUAGGCAUCCAUGUUCUGCGGGCGGCCUCCAACUCUUCAGUUAACGUGGGUGGGGUAGUGGGCGCGGGGCUGCUAGGAGGCGACUCGGGUGGAGAGACGGCAUGGGCAUGGAAAGACCCAGGGGCAUGGCAGGUAGGAGUAAAGAACAAGGUCAUCAUGCCACACCCCCAUACGGAGACGGCCAGCCAUGACUUCGUCUCCGUUACUUGCCUAGAGCAGAGUCGCGUCGAUUGGCAGGACGUCAUCGGGUUGCGGCUGGUUUUGCGUCAGCCAUCGCCCGUGUGGAGGACAUUCUUUAUUGAGGAGAUCACAGCUUACAGGGAGCUGCCCCGACUACCUCCCUUCAGCGUCCCCAUUAUCUCCCAGGACGGUCAGGGGGAGAAGAACCAGCAGGCAACGCCUCUUGACCGCCUAACCCAACAGACGCGCCGCGCAAUGCGUAUACCGCAGGACGAAUCUCUGGAGGGUGAGCUGUCCGGUAGUGGAUAUGACCUUGUUACUCUGCAAUAUACCUGCUAGGGAGCACUGGUCCUCCUGUGUGUCGCGUUCUUCGACUCCUCGGAGGCAGGACGAGCGCUGAGGUUGCAACUACUAUUCCUCGCUGGACAAUAAUACUACAGCACCGAAGACACUUGCUUUUGGGGGCCAGUCGUUCAAUUAGCUGGAUCCCACCCCAUUCAAAAUAUUCGGUCAUUUUUUCACUCCAGGGAUCAUGAGCUUCCGAUCUAAAUCAAAACAACCCUUUUUAUAUCAACACACGAGAAAAUAGAAGCAAUAUGAAUUGUAUAUUAUGUAUGUGGAGAUGAA